UUAUACGCUUUCAUUUUCUAUAUUUUUAAACCUGGACGUAUUUGUAAUUAUUCUUCUUUUAUUACAAAACUAAUCCAUGUUAUAAGAACUAUUAAUGAUUUCCCUCAAAUUAAGCAAAGGCUCUCAUUUCUUCAGCAGUCUUUGUUGGCCAUCUCCAAUUCUCCAUCUGUCUUGGUAAAAAAAAAAGGCAAAAACCCUUUUCCGUUAACCUUUGAUUGCUGCUGAUCAACAACAACAGUUCUUGGUUCUUUGGGUGUCUCAAGAAAAGAAGAUAAGAUAAAAAAGAUGUGUCCUUUGAGGUUCAUCUUGGUGUUUUUCUCAGCAGUUUUGGCUGGUUAUUUUGCAUGGAGGACAGUACGGUCCUCGCCGGAGAUUGAAACUACAGUUUCUGAUGACUCGACGGUUGAAAAGAAGCCAUUGCAAGAUGAUAAUAAUAAUAAUAAAGUAUGCAGUGCCAAAAGGAUAAUUCAAAAUGGAUUCUGGGUAUUUGUCGACAUGGCUAGUGGGAAGUACCUGUGGAGAAAUCUAAAGGAGAUGAGGGAAGAUGAGAAAGUGAAGAGUAGCUAGAAGUUUGUCAUUCAUUAUCUUUCUUUCAAUUUCUUUUUUUCUUUUUCUGUUCUCUUUUUUCUUGAUGUGGAAAAGGGAGAAGUUGUAAUUUGAGAACAGGUACUUGUAAUGUUCAGUAUACAUGUCAUUACAUGCUUCAAUUGUAGUUAUCUCAGCUGGCAAUCCCUUUUGGAUUCAUGAAAUUAACCUUGAAGUGUUUGUGCAUAA